AUGGACCUGUCAACCGCAGGACGCGACAACCAGAUCGCUACGUGGGCCGAGAAUAUUGGCGGAUUGGCAAGGGUCACGAUCUCAACCCUCCCCACCGACAUCACCUUCGACUUCCUGUUGCAGCUCUACCGCAUCGCAAAGAAGUACGAAGUCGACGACCUCGCUAUUCUCGCCGCUGAUCACUUCGUCCAAAAGCUUACAACCGUUCAACUAUCCGAAGUUGGCAACAUCGUGCAGUCUCUCCUAGGCGAAGGUGGAAAUUUGGGUGAAUACCUCGCCGCGUUCAUGAUGCGUGAGCACAAUCGUCUCAUGCAGCAGCCCUCUUUCGUCUCAAUGCUUGCCAACCACUGGCCAUUCCUCUUCCAACUGAUGCACAACAUGGGCCAUUGGGUACUCGACGUUCGCUCUCUUCCCAUCGAAGAGGAUGACGCAGAGUAUACGGAGUACAGUAGCGACGACGACUACGCUGGAGAUGAUCCCGAAAGCCUUCCUGAUACCGCUGGGAUGCAGAUCGACCGCCUGCCUCGUGCGUACUCUGAGACUCGUGCUGUCCAGGAGUCCAACGAUGGUGGAUCUAUUGACACCUGUACCAGAGGACGUGCCUUGACUGGAGGCAAGGGCCACGCCUUGAUUGGAGGUAAGGCCCGCUUCCUGAGUGGAGGCAAAGCACCGCGUUCUGAUCCUCACACCGAAGACCGCAUGUCUCGUGAGUACCCCAACCCUCCUGCUGCACAAGAUACCAACAGGCGUGGAUAUGUUGGCAAUGGUACCGGAGGAUACGCAUCGAGGAAGACCAAGGCCACACCAUCGGACAACAAGGGCUCAAAUGGCGGUGUCGGUGUUGCUACACCUAUCCGUCGCCAUCCAGGUCGCAGACAGCGUCCUCGUACUCCCCAUUUGGCCCCAUACACCAGACGCAUCCCAGUUGAAGAGGCUGUUGACCGGUCCAUGGAUGCUCAAUCUAGCCUCAUUGAGACCACUGCACAACUAGCAGCUGCUCGUACUCGUUGCGAAUGUUGCACACAAGGCGCCCUCGGUAGUGGCUUGAGCUUGACAAAUGGUAGAUAG